UGAAGCCUUCCUUAUACGUAAAUGAGAGUCGGACGACUGGCCUGGGGAGUGGGGGCCGGCCUGAGCCUCGCCUGGCAAAAGCCCGAACAACUAUACUACAGAGUAGUCUUCCUUUGACAGCGACACUGGUGGGACGAGCGACGUCUGUCUGAAACCAGGCCGUACCUUCAUGCUGUCCUCAUUACUCACGCCCUCUGAGGUUUCGUGCGACUAUCGAGUGAUUAACAUAGUGAAUUAAAGGAUGAUAAGUUACCUGUAGUACACCAAUCCUUAUCAAAAACGUGAAAUAGCAAAGAAGGGCAACUGCAUCUAUAGAAAGUGAAUAGAACUAAGGUGAAACAAGUCAGUGGGUCUGUGUCAUCUAACGGUGCCUACAGUGUCAUUAAUGUAGACAAAAUUCUCGAAAAAAUAACAAGGGCAACUAUAGGUAUUCUGUGCCAAAGAAACUUGCAGUACAAAAUAUGAAGAGCUCGUGUCGCUCAGCGUCGCAGAGUCACACCAUGAAGACUUCAGCGCUGUUGAUAUAUUUCAUCUCGGUAUGUACCACUGUAACUGGCCAAGAAGUAACACCUUCACCUGAUUCUGAGUUCCUUGUGCAACCAUCAAAUGUUACAGUGCCAGUAGGAGAGCAGGUUAUUCUCAAAUGCAAGACAGCAAGUAAAACUCAAUUAUGUCGCUGGUACUUCUUAGAGUUAGACUUAAAAUUCUUUGACAAGCGUGUGACACCCCUGCAAGUUAAAGAGUUCAGCCCUCAUGGACGCCAAGACUGUUCUAUCAAAAUAGCUAAGAUACGAAAGGUACAAGAAGGACAAUGGUUGUGUCAGGCACUGAAGUUUCAGUCUUCCAAAUUCAUCAUGAGUAAACCUGUUGUCGUUAGAGUUAUAACAGAAUCUGAAAGUGCAACAUGGGAGCCUCCUAAGGGUAACAACACAGACUUUACACCCCGAAAUGGUCGUCGUGAAGGAGAAACUUCCAGGCCUGGUGAGGUUGGAUUCAAAUUUCAGUCAACAGAAGAUGACAUCAUAAAAGAUGUUUUCAUUCAUGAAACAGCUGUUCUAAAGUGCCAAGUUGACAAACCUAUAGAGACAUGUUCCUGGAUCACGCCUAGAGGAGAAAACAUCACUGCUACACAAGGACAAUAUGAGCCUCUGCAUCAUUCUAACAUUACAGAUGGGUUUAGAAUCAUUGGAAACCUAAGUGAGGGUAACUGUUCCAUUGAAAUCUCCAAUGUUGCCCGGAACAAUGAGGGAAAUUGGCACUGUACUGUUCAUGACCCAAAUGCAGGUCAGGACAUACAAGGGCCACUGUUGCACUUACACAUUCUUGAUUAUGAUACUGCAUCAAAGCACACACACGAUGAAAUGCCACUUGCAAAUGAAAAUCAGGACCAAGCAAAUUUCCUUGUCAUCUCUUUAGUGACAAUUGCUGGAAUUCUUUUUAUCACUGUUCUAUUACUUCUCAUAUUCUUAUACAACAGACUGAAAGGAUCUCAGGAUGAAAGGCAGAAAAUCCUUCAAACAUCCCCUCGUAACAGCUUAGACUUGCAAACUAAAACCUCAUCAACAAAUGACUUAACUUUGAGUUCAGUCAUAGCAGUAGAACCAAGAAAAAAAUUAAGUGCUGAACUACACCACAGAGGUUAUUAUAACCAGUAUCUUGAUAUGAGUGGAUCAGGAUCAAAUGUAGGUGAUGGUUAUAUAAUGAUGCCAGGAUCCAGCAUCAGGUCAUCCACAUCUUCAAGAACAACACUUUCUACACUCUCCACUCUCCCUAUAGGUCGCUCUCGUUCUGCUAGUAACAGCACAACAGACAGUGGGAUCUUUCCACAUUUAACUACAAUAAUUGACAAUCCAUCUUAUAAUCCUGGUGCAGUCUCUGGUCGAAGAUUACCACAUCGACCCGACUCUGUAUAUAGUAAUGAUCAUGUGUACGAAGAGAUAAAAGACAAGAUUGAUGAGAUUAUAAGCAAAAUGGAAAAUAUUCCAGAAAUAAAUUCUCCCACUUACACCAAUACUGCAGUAGACAGUGAAGGGUACCUUGUCCCUAAAAUAUCACCAUCAAAUACUAUGCUAGAACUGACAGAGGAAAAGAACCUUCCUAUGGAAACUGCAGAAAUUCCUGUAACUAAUAAUUCUACAUGUACAGAUGUGCAAACCAUUCAAUCAGCAAAUGAAUUGCAUGAAAGACCACCUUAUUCAGUAGUUGGUUCUAGUGGCCUUGUUCUACCUGUAUCAACUUGCCUAGAUCAGCUUGACCCUCAUCCUGGAUACUCAAAAGUUGGUGAAAAUAUUCAAAACAAAUCAGAUCCUAUGGAGAAAUAUGACAUCCCUCGCCAAAUCCCCGCACUUCCAAUCAACAACUAUGAUAUUCCUAAACCAAACCCAACCCCUGUAAAUUCCCCAUUAAACAGCACUUUGAAAACUACAGAUUCUGAUAAUGGACUUUCUGGUAUUAUUGUAUAACAAUUGAGUAUACAAAAAGGAACUAGACUUAGAAAAUCUGGAUUGUGCUGUUUUUUCACUCAUAUAUCUUGGUAUACCUAAUAUUUAGGUCUAUACAAAAGGAUUGAGUAUUCUGUAUAUAUGUAUAUCUAAAGUCACACCUAUUUUGAUUUAUUGUUAAAAUAUGUAAUUGUAUAUUGUUAAAUGUUACAUCUAAUGUCAAGAUUUUCCUUACUUCCAAGAUAUUAGAUCCAAUUUGUAAUAAUCCAAAAUUGGGCACCACUUACAAUAUGCCUUGCAUGGCACACUGUAAAAGUACUAAAGGUUCUUAGUUGUCCCCCUCAGGCCUCAGCAGCAAUGCUUUUCCUUUUUUACUCCUCCUCCUCUCACUCUGGUCUCUUCUUACCAAGCAAUCUCACUUCUUUUCCUUGACCUUACUUCAGACUGUACCUCUCAUAUUAGAACAAAUUCUUAGGGUGAGCCCCUUGAGUCUAGAAAUACAAAUCAGUGGUGUCUAACUAAUCAUGAUACUAAUCAAUAAAAAACUAUUAAAAUAAUGUUAUAAGCUGCCAUCUUGCAAAACACCCAUUACAUUGAGUAAUUUCCUGUACUUUUGAUUAGCAUGUGUGAAUCAGUACCUGUAUAAAAUCAAUAGAAUUAAUUAGCAAGUUGAGAAUUUUGUAUAUAAAUUGUCAUUCUUUGAUGCAAUAGGGAAAAUAUUUCACAAUAAGCAAAAAAUAAAAGAUUACUUAAAACCAGCACCAAUCCAAGUACAACACAAUUACUAAGUAGAAACGAGGCCUUACUCAAGGUGCCUUUCUCCUUACAGUGUACUACUUUUGUCACUUGUAAGCAAUGAUCAUUCUUACACAACACAAUUAUAGAGGGAGAAAUUUUGAACCUGUUGCCCACAAGGACAUCUGCUUCGUGACACAGCAGUAGUUUAUGAAUCAGUCUUUUUUCUUUGGAAAAAAAAAUUUAACCAUUAACCAAAAUUUCUACAUACAGUAUAAAAAUAAAUCUGAUGGUAUUUCCUCCCCCUCACACAAGAUUUAUGACAAGGAUCCACCUAACAGGAAAUUGGAAAUAAUAUCUUGAUUUCCAGGAAAGCUGAACUGUGGGUACUGUGAGUUAUGGUUUGCUCAAAAGACCAAAAGAAAGGUAAAAUAUCUAAUCAUAAGAAACAAAAAUAAUCCUUUACUUUCAUUGGAUGAAAAUACAGCAGCAAUAUAUGUAUAAAAUCCAUAACAAAACAACAAAUGGACUACCCUACAAAGAAUAAAUUACUCCUACAGCUGUUCAUUCCUUGAAUACUGUGCCUAUUAAUCAAGUCCACAACAUAAAUGUCUCACAUUUUAACAAGUAUCACUCCAUUGAUUUCAUUUAUGCAGUAACCAACUGAAUUUUCAUUUAUACAGUAACCAGUUUAAUUAUUUUUAUUCACACAAAUCAGUUGAAUGCUUUCACUUACACGGUAAUCACCUGAAUUCUUUCAUAUACAAAGCAACUAUUUGAAUUCUUUCAUUAACAUGGUAACCAGUUGAAUUCUAUCAUUUACACAGCAACCACUUGAAUUCUUUCAUUAACAUGGUAACCAGUUGAAUCUUUCAUUUACACAGUCACCAACAGAAUGGAAAUAAUCUCAGUACAUAUUUAAACUCUGCCAUUCACUAAUCUAUAUGCUAAUUCAUUAUCACUGAAAACCUACGCCAAUUGAAAUAUGAAUUCUUAAACGUACUAACAACCUAAAUCAUAAUUUUUAAAUGUACCUGUAACAAUUUUCCUCUAUGUAUAAGAUAGCUCUUACUUUAAGGCAAUUCUUAUUAUUGUGAUAUAGUGACGGUAGCUUUUAACAUAACCAACAGACUCUUAAAUGCAAAAUAUUAUGUAUAUAUGAACAAAUAAUAUGAGAUAUUCUCAAAGCAUAUAUAAAAGGCAACGUAUGUUAAAAAUUACUUAUUUAGGAUUAAUUUGAGAUAUAUAUAUAUUUCUAAUUCAAAUUUUAUUGUACAUAACUGUAUAUAGUACUGUAUUUUACCUAUCAAUAAAUAUUUAUUAAAUUGUACCAAAAAAUGUUAAAACU